CUCUCUCUCUCUCUCUCUCUCUCUCACACACACACACACACACACACACACACACAUACACACACUCAACAAAAUCAGAGGUUCUGACUUUUAUAACAAGUUGUGUUGAAUCAUAAGAUUUGAGAUCUGGAUAUACUUCUGUUCGACUGCGGCACCAAGGAGGGGGAGGAAUGGAUCCGAUUGUGGAAGUAGUGGCCUUAGUUAUGGGGUUCAUCGGAUGGGUGAUGGUUGGGGUCACCCUGCCCAACCGUUACUGGAGGACCUCCACCGUCGACGGGAACGUCAUCACCACCUCCACCAUUUAUGAAAACUUGUGGAUGUCAUGUGCGACGGAUUCGACCGGGGUUCAUAACUGCAGGGAGUUCCCUUCACUGCUCGCUUUGAGUGGUUACAUCCAGGCGUCUCGUGCCUUGAUGAUCACUUCCAUAGUGUUGGGCACCUUUGGACUGGUGGCGGCCAUGAUAGGACUACAGUGUUCGAAGGCAGGGGGGGAGAACUAUGUCCUCAAAGGGAGGAUUGCUGGCACCGCUGGAGUCUUUUUCAUGCUUCAAGGUGUGUGCACAAUGGUCGCAGUGUCCUGGUACGCCUUCAACAUCACUCAGGAAUUCUUCGACCCUUUCUACCCCGGGAUAAGGUAUGAAAUUGGAGAAGGGCUUUACAUCGGCUGGUGCUCCGCUGUGCUCGCCAUCGCAGGAGGAGCCUGUCUCACCUGCUCCUGCAGAUUUGGCACAGAGGAAAAAUACCCUUUGGCUUAUCAAACCAGGGGGACUGUUUACUCUGGACCUGCUCCGACCAGAAGCGUGGCUGCCAGCACUUACGGCCGAAAUGCAUAUGUUUGAGCAGGACAUGAAAACAGAACUAUGACGAUCAAAUCCCUUUCAGAUAUCCAGGGGUAAACUUUUUCAUCACCUCAGUUUUUGUUGAUGCAACCUAACACGUCCUAGUGCUCAGUUUUCACACCUCAGAUGAAGUUUUUUUUUUGUCCAUGACUGUGUGUCCAUCAAGUGAUGGAAGUCACACAGCACCACUGAACUGUAUAUAACCACAUUAUCAAUUGUGUUUUUUGAAAAAUAAUAAUAAUAAAAAAUGAUAGCAUUGAAAUGAAAUGAUAGCAUUGAUGUUAUAAGAGUUGUACAAAGCUGAGCUACUUAUCACUGUUUCAAUGCACAACCAUGCUAAAUGCGUGCAGUGAUUUUAUUUAUAUUCGUGAGAUGACGUUAGCACAAAUACAUUUACACACAGUCACUUAUUUUGAAGGAAAUUCUGUAAUUUGAUGAUCUGCAUACACACUUUUAGACACUUGUAAGGGGAAGGUCAAAAUUGGAAUAAUCCAGAUGUUUGUGUUUGUUGUUUUGUACAGUUUUAUAGACAGUACCUUUGUAAGAGGGUGGAGGAGAAAGUUAUCUUUGUUUUGAUGGUAUUUUGUUUGUUUGUUUGUUUGUUUUUUAUGAUUGCACACAAUAAAAUGUGUUAU